GAAAACACUUAUUUAUAUCAUUUAAGUAUUAUUUUUUGCAGGAAUUAUGGCUCACUUAGCUCUUUAUUCGCUACUGUAAGUUUUAUUAAAUUUUAUUACUCUGAAAAAUGGUUAUAUUUUAUACCAAAAAUCAUAUCUUCUCAUUUAUCUAGUUCCCGUCAAACAAAUCCGCGUCCUGGAUCAGGAAGUCGUUCUCAAAUCCCUAUUAUUUAUGGUAACUUUGGCAGUCCAAUUAGAACUCUCGUUGGUCCAUAUGGAGGUUUAACUAAUCCAUAUGGAAGUCCAAGUGGUCCAUAUGGAGGCUCUAGCAAUCUAUAUGGAGGUUCUAGUAAUCCAUAUGGAGGUUCUAAUAACCCAUAUGGAGGUUCUAAUAAUCCAUAUGGAGGUUCUAAUAAUCCAUAUGGAGGUUUCGGUGGUCGAUUAGGAGGAGGUCUCGGUGGUCUAUAUGGAGGUUUCAGUGGUCCAUAUGGAGGUUUUAGUGGUUUAUAUGGAAGUUUGGGCGGUCCAAAUGGAAAUAUAGGCGAUCUAUAUAGAAGUUUUGGUAGUCCAUACGGUUCCUUUACUCGGUUUCUCGAUGGAUUUGGUGGUGGGUUGAGUGAUUUUGGUGACAGCAGACCACCACUUCCCGGUGGACCAGUCGCUGUUCCGCUGAUAUCUUCUUUUAGUGGAUAA